AUGGGGCUUGGCAGCAUCGGGGGGCAGGUGGGAAGAGGGGUAGAGAAAGGAGUCUUAGGAGACACAGUGACGGGAAGUGCCUGUCUUCCCACGCCGGAGAACAGUCCCUGUGACAGGUGGCCAGCGCUCGGGCACAGCUGGGUGGGACUCGCCCACGGGAAGCCCCGAUUGCCGCUGCCAGCGGCGGCCGGAGCUGCCCUGCCAGCCGGGGACUGCCCACGGGAGCGGGGCUGGAGGGGCGCACAUUACUUCUGUAAAGUUCCUUGCAAAUUCACCACCACACCAAAUCUUGCAAAUAGCAGGAUCCUAAGAAAAGAGCCUCAGUUCAUUCCUAGAACAGAUUCUGGGCACAGAAUGGAGCAGGGUCUGGGGGGAGGCAGUCGUGUGAUUAAAGCCCAUAAGUUGCAUGUUGGAUUCAAUAGUAGUUUUUCUUCCACAGUUUAUAAAGGCACUUUUGGGGAAGCCCAUUUGAGAAAUCGAAGAGGAAUUCUGGAAUUAGCCGGAGCCAUCAAAUGCACCACAGGGCGCUCUCCUUUUGCCUACCUCCGCUAUGGAUGCUAUUGUGGCCUGGGAGGAAAAGGAUGGCCCAAGGACAGAGUAGACUGGUGCUGCUUUCACCACGACUGCUGCUAUGGGAGGGCAGAACAAGCAGGUUGUCAACCAAAGACUGAAAGUUACCACUGGGAAUGCGAAGACAAUUCUGCUGUGUGUGACUCACUAGAAGAUAAAUGUCAAAAAAUGGCAUGUGAAUGUGAUCGUGAAGCUGCCAAAUGUUUUUCUAAAGCUCCCUACCAUAGAAAAUACCUUUUGUGGCCAGACUUUAUGUGUGGUGAGAUUCAGCCUUUGUGUAGAUAUUAGAUACAUGACUCUUGUAUAUAUUUAAAUCUACAAUGACUUUUUUUCGGCCACAGUAAUGACAACAAAUGAUUUUCCCCUUUCUUGAUACUCCCUCAUUCCACCUCAGCCUCUCCACCCCAAAACUGCCAAAGUAAACAUUUUUCCUCUUAUUUACCUUUUCCCAUGCACUUUUAUUGACUAAAAAGAAAUCUGAGUUUAUCAGCUUAAGGAGUAACUGACAGUGUUAAUCUUUGUUUAUAUUCAGAUUCACAGAUUUUUCAGAUUGAUAAUAUCAUUCGCUGUGAACUUUUUAACCCUCUUCUCCACUGGCUGUAAGAUACAAAUCAAACUUCUCCACUAACAAAUCUUAGCAUUUGUUAACUUUGAACUGACUGGAAAAAGUGCAAGAAGUGACAGUAUCAGCACAAGGAGCCCUCUCAUCUACAUUAAACACUUAGUACAAAGCCUAAUUUAAGUGCUGAAUUUCAUUCACCAACAGUAAUUUUACCUGCAUUGAAGAUGGCCUAGUAUACUAUUUUUUUUCCUAGCACUUACUUUUUAAAUAGAGUUUUCUAAACAGCUGCUUAUUUGGUAUGGCUCAAACUCCUUACUCUAUGUACACCCUAAAUUUCCUGUAAGCACAGAGAGUACCCUUAGAACUUUAGAGCCAAAUUUAAAAACGCAAAUGCAAACCAUCACAAAAACAAAAACAUAAAAAAAUGUAGAAGUUGUUGGGACCAACUGGCUUUCCCACAAGUGUCUGAUUUUGCACAGCAAGAGUUUAUGAAGCUCAGAAGUAUAUACAACUCAUCAGGAUGUAAAGCUGGUUUUAGCUAGAGUCACUUCAUAGAUACUUUUAACCUAACCCUUUGGGAAAUCAGUUCCCUGAACUGCUGAAUAAUACACUUUUUUGUAACUGCUGAUUUUAACAGUUAUAGAGCCAGGAGUGGUUUAUGUCUACUUUCUCUCACCUAAACUUAAAGAUGCAGGGCUAAAGAGCAGUCAAAGCUUAUGAUAUAUACUUCAAUAUACCAAAAAAAAAUCAACAACAACAAACCCAAAAAACAAACAAACACCCAAAAAACCACAAAAAAUCCCCCCCAAGCCCCCCAGACAAAAUAGCCCACUUCUAUUAGGAAUAGUGAAGAUUUCAAGAGAGAUCUUUAAUUGUGAAAAAUAUUUAUAGCAAAUUUAGUUCACAUUACUGACACAAAUGAAAUUAACAAAACAACAAAUACAGAAUGCAAGGGGACAAAGUUCUCAAAAAAAAAUCUUACCUUUUGAUUCAAAGGAAUAUACAUUAACAAGUGUCAAUCCUGCUUACCCAAAAUAAUUUUCCAGUCAAUAUUUGCUCACAGAUAUAGAUAAAGACAUUAUAUUGCCAUGAGUAAUUACAGUGUCAGGUCACUUUUCCAAAACAAUCCUUUUUAAGAGAUAACCCUGCAUUUAAGAAUUAGCAACAGAACUAGAAGAUGAGAGAAUGAAAGGAG